AUGCCUAAAUUUGUUCCUGUUUUUGACCCGGAAGUCCCUCGGUCUGAGCAGGACCCUUAUUCUGAUAAAUUACUCAAACAUAGAAAAUGGGAUAAUCCUCACGUAGUUAUUCCUAGCAAUAGAAAAGAUGUGGAUUCAGAUAAGCAUUCCACUCGGAAGUAUUUUAAGGAUAAAUAUAACGACAACAAUAAUUUAGAUAAUAAACGUGAUGAUACCUUUUAUCGCAAGAAUGUUUAUGACGAAUUUGACUACGCUCCAAAAAAGAAGAAGAAUUUGAGUUUGAAGGCUAAUGAUGGAAAGAAUGUACAUGACACUCACAAGGAUCUUAAGCAUGUUAAAAAAGACCAUUCAAAAAGAGAAUAUCAUGAAAACAAUAAUUACAGGCAUAAACAUAGCCACGAGCACAGGAAACGACAUUAA